CUCUGUCAGUACUCAAUGCAUACCGAAGUGAUCUCAAUAUUUCAUUUAAGUUACAUGCGUGUUUGCUUGUGACUUACGAAGAGACAUCAUGAUGUACCUGCCUAAAUAACGUUUUCGGUAAUACUGCUGCAAUAUUACAGCUGUAAUACAAUAAGUUAUGUGUAGUGAUAUGUCUGCGCGUUCAUGAUAAAGUACUCGCCCUUUGUAAAUGUAUUUCGGUGCCAGGUGCCUAAAAAGCAGCUGGCAAGAUGGGCAAGUUGUUGUCAAAAAUCUUUGGCAACAAAGAAAUGCGAAUUCUUAUGCUUGGAUUGGAUGCUGCUGGGAAAACUACAAUACUAUAUAAACUUAAAUUAGGACAAAGUGUAACAACUAUACCAACUGUAGGAUUCAAUGUAGAAACAGUUACCUAUAAAAAUGUUAAGUUCAAUGUUUGGGAUGUUGGUGGACAAGAUAAAAUACGUCCACUUUGGCGUCAUUAUUAUACAGGAACUCAAGGACUUAUUUUUGUAGUAGAUUGUGCUGACAGAGAUCGAAUAGAUGAAGCACGUCAGGAGCUCCAUAGAAUUAUAAAUGAUAGAGAAAUGCGUGAUGCUAUUAUUUUAAUCUUUGCAAAUAAACAAGAUCUUCCAGAUGCAAUGAAACCACAUGAAAUACAAGAAAAAUUGGGUUUAACUAGGAUACGAGAUAGGAAUUGGUAUGUUCAACCAUCAUGUGCCACAACUGGAGAUGGGCUUUAUGAAGGUCUUACAUGGUUGACCAGUAAUCAUAAAUUAUGAACAAAUAUUUAUUUUUUAUUAAUUAGCCACAUACCAAGAAUGUACGUUUGCUUUGUAUUUUCAUUUUUAUUUAUCAUGUAGAGGCUUUAUAACACAAUUGAUAAAGGUCAUUAAGAUCCAUAAGAGAGAGAGAAAGAAAGGAAACAAUUUCGAGCGUACGACAGCAAACGUAAAGCAACCAUUAAUAACAGAUGGUGCGUUUCAGUAAUAUUAAUACUAUAUAAAUAGAAAUUUAUUAAAGUACCAAAAGAUAUAGACUUUGUUACUAAUUGUU